AUGGAUGUAUGUCAAAAAGAUGCUGUUAAGCGUGUUGCUAUUAUAGGCGGGGGAUUUGGUGGGUGCUCCACGGCCUAUUUCCUCCGCCGCCUCCUCGGUAACAGGAUAUCAAUCACCGUUUUCGAGAGGUCUGAACGUGUUGGGGGUCGGGUUAGAUCAAUCUAUGCUAACAAUGGCAAAGAACUGUACGAGACUGGCGGUUCUCUGUAUACAUGCAACGAUAAAUACAUGAAAAUGUUUGUUGAUCGGUUCAGUCUGAUAGCACGUCGUCAUCCUCCGUCUGACGAAGCGUUCUCGCUAUAUCAGGGGAGGAGUAAUCCAGUAUUCAGUAGCACGGCUGGCCCACUCUUUAUCAAUCGUCUUCGAUUCGCCUUUGUCUAUGGUCUUGACUUUGUGCGGUUCCAGUAUUGUGUAAGGAAGCACGUAAAAGCGCUUGGAAAAAUAUACGAUCUGCAGAGCAAUGGGCAAGCGUUCACCUCUCCCGUUACAAUGUUGAAAGCUCUUUCACCAGAAUUUCCAAAAAUGCUUAAGUCGACCUUCGCAAAGUGGUUGGACCUUCGUUGUGGUAUCUCAGCUCGCUUCUGUGAAGAGGUCGUCUAUGGUCUCACGUCGUUAUGUUAUUGCUCAGGCCUCACUCUCCAUGCGUUUGCAGGUAUGUGUGCUGUGAGCGGUUUUGGGGCUGAUCUUUUUUCCGUCGUUGGAGGGAACGAACAGAUAAGUCAGAAACUGUGCGAAGCAGCACUUGCCGAGAGUCCCAAUGGAGUUCCAAACAAGCUCUCCUUAAAUACCGAAGUGACAAAACUUGACAGGAGCUCAAAGAGAAGAUAUAUGUUGACAUACAAAAGGUCUGGUAUUGAGAAAUGCAUGGAAUUCGAUUUCGUGGUUUUGGCGUUUCCGAUGCACGAAAAAUCUCCCACCACACUAACCCUUGACAGCGACCUAAGGGGUGUUUUCCCCGUUCCAAAGAAGUAUGCCGAGGUGGAUUACACACUUUUUCGGGGUGACUUGGAAGCUGCCGAGUAUGGCCUCCCCGUCGAAAAGGUCAAAAGUGAUGGUACUAACGGUGUGGCAAUCCUGCCGACUUAUCGUGGCUACGAGGUUGAAAAGGGUACGUUAUUCAAGUACCUUGGCCGGGCGUGGUCCAUGGCACCUUACACAGGACAGAGAGUUGGCUGCUGGUCAACUUAUUCCUCACCCCGGAGAACAAACGACCCUGGUAGGCAAAUCCUCGAAAAGUACGUCAAGGGUCACGGGUCGGUUAUCAAUUCCACUCGCUGGUUCGCUUAUCCCAUCUUCUCAACCGUCUCUGUCAAAUAUGAGAAUCUGGAGGAUGCAGUAGAAAAAUUCCUUUUAGAUGAUGGCCUCAUUUAUGCCAACGCCCUCGAAAGCGUUGCCUCAAACAUGGAGAUGGCCAUAGUUGGAGGCUAUAAUGCCGCCCUACUUAUUGCACACAUUAUUGGUGAUGAAGUUCUGCGUGGAGAUAUCGUCGAUACGAAUUUUGCUUUUAUUGCUCGUCAGGCCCCCUCAUGUGGUCUGAAACUAAAAAAAAUUUCUGUUAUACCUGACGUUGUAAAGGAGAUAUCAAAUGAAGUUCGACGGUUUAGUAAGGAAUUCGAUGUUGUUGUAACGUCUGGUGGUAUUGGUUCAACGCACGAUGAUCUCACUUAUGAGGCUGUUGCUGAUGCAUUUGGGGAGAAGCUAGAACUGAAUCCAUCCUUGGUGAGUUUUGUCGAAACGGUCUUCAAUUGUAAAUCGAAGGACUUACUACCUGAUGAUUGCCGUUUGCGGUUGGCGCGAGUUCCUGCUUCAUCAAAACUGAUUUUUGGUCAAGAUCCUGAAACAAGAUCUCCAUCUCUUUAUCCAGUUUUGACUGUACGAAAUGUUUUUAUUCUUCCCGGUAUGCCACCGUUCUUCCGACUUGGUUUUGAAUUUAUUAAGCCCUACAUUCGGGACCCAAGCGUACAGUUCUUUGACAAGAACCUCUACAGCACCUCGGAGGAGCCCAACUUAGCCAAGCGUCUCGGAGACUUUGCGAAGGAGUUCAAAGACUGUGUCCUGGUGGGAUCUUACCCGGUGGAAAACAACCGGUAUUACAAGGUUCGCAUUUCACUUGAGUCUCAGAACAAACAGUCCCUCGAAACUGCUCAAGCUACCUUAGAGAAGUUACUGGCCAACGAAUUAGUAUCCUAUGAACCAGACCCCGUGUCCAAUGCAGCAAGAUGUGUUUAUGAAAUGGCAAAAGAAGAUUCAGAUUUCGGUCGAAAACUGGCUAAUUCUAUACGAAUAACUGAAAGCAUCCUACAAGAAUAUGGCUCCGAAAAUGUCAUCCUCAGUUUCAACGGAGGCAAAGAUUGUACAGUCGUUCUUCACUUAUUGUUUGCUGUAUUAAACAAGACCUCUGACACAGUCGGUGUCUUUAAACAUCCUCGCCUUUUUUACGUGCGUUCGCAAACCCCCUUCCCCGAAGUGGAGACUUUUGUUCAGUCUACUUUGGUGUUCUACCGCUAUCCUUCAUCUGACGUCAGGCGGGUAGAUCAAGAAAACGACGAUCGUUCGAAACCGCCACCGGAUUUGCUUGUCUGCGACGGGUCCAUAAAAGCCAGUCUUGUACAGUUAAAGCGGGACUCUCCGGACCUCAAGGCCAUAUUCCUUGGGACCAGGUAUUCUGAUCCACGCACAGAAAACACUACUGCCGUAAUGUUAACGGACCCGGGUUGGCCAGAAUUCCUUCGUGUUCAUCCCAUUUUGGAAUGGAACUACGCUGAUAUUUGGAAGUUCAUUCGAGGGCUUAGUCUUCCCUACUGCGCACUCUACGAUGUAGGUUACACUUCCCUCGGAAGUAUGGAGGAUACCCACCCGAAUCCCGAGUUGCGAGCUGUUGAUUCGAUGGGGCGCGUAAGCUACCGACCCGCCUACACCCUUGAGAAUCCUUUGUCGGAGCGUUCUGGUCGAGUAAAAACUCCCCAGUAG